GGAGGUUUCCACUGGCUGAAUUUUCCCGUGCGAUCGGCGAGGUUUCCGCAUCGAUCAACUCCUGCUUUGCUGUUGCUGCCAUCCAUGGAUGGAGCUCACAGAGAGAGUUGUGUCUCUUGUCUUUGGUGUUCGUCGUCUCUUUUUUUAUAUGAGGUCCCCACUCCGUCGCUCAAGUUUCUUCCUGUCAACUUAAUAGUUUUAGGCUUCUCCUUGUCCUUUCCAUUUUCUUUGCUCUUUCCUACCUCUUCUCACCGCGCUUCCCUGCAUUUGUUUUAGCUGUUCGCCCUCCUGUACUUUCAUACUUCGCCGUGCUCGAUUGCAUCAGCUACUGGCGAGCUCUUUUCCUCGCUUCAUCUGAUAGAACUGCC